GGAACAACACGUACGGCGACGGAGAAAACCGAGAAAACGAAAAGGAUAAAAAUAUUUUGACUGUUUUGCGAAUCUCCGAUCGAGUCGUGCGCUUACACCAAUAUAAAACCUCGGAGCGAAAAGUGAAAGGGGUUCAAGGUUGUACCCCGUGCACCCGCAAUUUGCUACUCCUGCCCUUUUAAUCAGCAGUGACGACUUGAAUUGAGGUCGAAAAUGGCUUCGAGGGCUCUUCUUCGGCUCAGAAAUAGUCUUUACAGGGCAGUCUCUUUAGAUCAGUCUUUGUCCUUGCGGAAAUUUUCAACAUGCCUUGCCACGCCAGCAAAAGCGAAGUUCAACUGGGAAGAUGCAUUAAAUUUAAACUCGCAGCUGACGGAGGAAGAAAUUAUUGUGCGCGAUUCCUUCAAAACUUACUGCCAGGAAAAACUAAUGCCCCGAGUAUUGAUGGCCAACCGCAAUGAAGUAUUUGAUCGGGAGAUUAUGAGUGAGCUGGGCUCCAUUGGCGUUUUGGGCGCCACAAUCAAAGGCUACGGCUGCGCUGGCGUUUCGUCGGUGGCCUACGGUCUUUUGGCCAGAGAAAUCGAACGGGUGGACAGUGGCUACCGCUCUGCCAUGAGUGUGCAGUCCUCGCUGGUCAUGCAUCCCAUCUACGCCUACGGCACCGAGGAGCAAAAGCAAAGGUUCAUCCCUAAACUAGCUAAAGGAGAGUUGGUCGGCUGUUUCGGGCUGACGGAGCCGAACCACGGAAGCGACCCGGCAGGCAUGGAAACCAGGGCCAAAUACGACAAAGAGGCAAAGGUCUACCACCUCAGCGGCAGCAAAACUUGGAUCACCAACUCGCCAAUUGCUGACGUUUGCGUUGUGUGGGCAAAGUGUGACGACGGUCAAAUAAGGGGAUUUAUUGUUGAAAGGGGAUUCGAGGGGCUCUCCACGCCCAAGAUCGAAGGAAAGUUUUCGUUGCGUGCUUCAGUCACUGGAAUGAUUCUUAUGGAUCAGGUGCCUGUGCCAGAAGAGAACUUGCUGCCCAAUGUUGCGGGGCUUAAGGGUCCGUUUGGCUGCUUGAACAACGCUCGCUACGGCAUCGCGUGGGGCGCGCUGGGAGCGGCCGAGUUUUGCCUGGCCGCUGCUCGUCAGUACACAUUGGAGCGCAAACAGUUCCAGCGGCCGCUGGCGGCCAACCAGCUGAUGCAGAAAAAAAUGGCAGACAUGCUGACUGAAAUCUCGAUCGGGUUGCAGUCGUGCAUCCAAGUGGGCCGCCUCAAGGACCAGGGCUUGGUCACUCCGGAGAUGAUUUCCUUGAUCAAGAGAAACUCUUGUGGCAAGGCGUUGGAGAUGGCCCGCGUCGCCAGGGACAUGCUGGGAGGAAACGGAAUCUCUGAUGAAUAUCACAUCAUCAGACACGUGAUGAAUCUAGAGGCGGUAAACACCUACGAAGGCACACACGACAUCCAUGCCCUGAUUCUCGGCAGGGCCAUCACCGGACUGCAAGCCUUUUCUGCCUAAAUGUAAAAGCUAAAAAAAUGUUAUAUAUUUUUGUAAGGAUUUAAAUGAAUAAAACGUGCCAUCUUUUAAUAUAAAUA